GUACUAGAGUCUUCUAUCCAUUUGACCAUACUGAGAGUUCAACUUCACGAAUGGAAGUCUGUGUGGUCAUUAAAAAGAAAACAAAGUGGAAUAAACCUGAUAGAUACUAAUUUAGAGUACUUAUCACACAAAAGUACUUUCCUAACAAGUUUUGUUUUCCUUUUUAAUUUCUGUAAAUACAUAACAGUUCUACUGGAAAUAAACAUUGGAUAAAUCAAACAUGUAUAGGCAAACCACAUUAUAUCAGGCCAAUGUACUAUCUAAAGUGAUGGGAAUAUCUCAUGGCACCAAUAAUAAACAGAUAAAUUUACUUGGUCUGGAUAACUUGCUAGGGUCCACAACUUAUAGCUGGUAAGAAAACUGUUCUAUCUUCAUAUUUAUUGAAUCAGUAUCUAAUUUUAACUCUAAUUUAACAGAUCACUAAAAGAAAGUUGCACGAAUACAUGAAAAAAUAUGACAGCAUAUCAAAACGUCACUGUCUUCAUUGAGGUUUCAGACUUCCUCCUGAACUGUCUUGUCAGGUCCCCGAGCUGGCAGCGCUGGCUGUCCCUGCCCCUGAGCCUCCUCUUCCUCGUGGCCAUGGGGGCCAAUGCUAUUCUGCUGAUCACCAUCCGGCUGGAGGCCUCUCUGCACGAACCCUUGUACUACCUGCUCAGCCUCCUCUCCCUGCUGGACAUUGUGCUCUGCCUCACUGUCAUCCCCCAGGUCCUGGCCAUCUUCUGGUUUGAUCUCAGGCCAAUCAGUUUUUCUGCCUGCUUCCUCCAGAUGUUCAUCAUGAAUUGCUUCCUAGCCAUGGAGUCCUGCACAUUUAUGAUCAUGGCCUAUGAUCGCUAUAUAGCUAUCUGUCACCCACUGAGAUACCCAUCCAUCAUCACUGAACAAUUUGUAGUCAAGGCUGCCAUUUUUAUUUUGACAAGGAAUGUCCUCUUCACUGUUCCCAUCCCCAUUCUCUCAGCACGUCUCUAUUACUGUGGGAACAAUGUCAUUGAGAACUGCAUCUGUGCCAACAUGUCUGUCUCUAGGCUCUCCUGUGAUGACGUCACCAUCAAUCGCCUUUACCAAUUUGCAGCAGGCUGGACUCUGCUAGGAUCUGACCUCAUCCUCAUCUUCCUCUCCUACAGUCUCAUACUUCGGGCUGUGCUGAGACUCAAGGUCCAGGGUGCUAUGGCCAAAGCCUUUAGCACAUGUGGCUCCCACUUCAUCCUUAUCCUCUUCUUCAGCACCAUCCUUCUGGUCUUCGUCCUCACUCAUGUAGGUAAGAAAAAGAUCUCCCCUGAUGUGCCAGUCAUGCUCAAUGUCCUCCACCAUGUCAUCCCUGCAGCCCUUAAUCCCAUUGUUUAUGGAGUGAGAACUCAGGAGAUCAGGCAAGGAAUCCAGAGAUUACUGCAGAAAGGGUGGUAAUAAGUACAAUGAGAUCUCUACAUUCCUAAUAUAUGAUAUAUAUGAAAGUGGGUUGAAAUCCAUGAUGCUCAGACAUAAUUUCUAGGAGUAAAGGAAGUUUAGUUAUGAAUUUAAUUUUUUGACUCAAUCCCCCCUUUUCAAACACCAUCACCCUCUCCAAAAGGAAAUCUGGCAUCUCUGUGACUUUAAAUUUUUUUCAAGGUUUUUAUAAUUUUAUUUUUUACACUCCACAAAGAUUUUAACAUGUAAAAAUUAUGAGCAUGUAAUAAUAGUAUAUAUUUUGAUGGGGAUGUAGUCAGAGUUCAAGACAUUUAUACAGUGUGUACUACUAAAAUGAUGGUAAUUAGAAUUCCAAUUUCCUUGUCACUUAUUUAUGUUCAUAGACUUUAAGCUUCUCUUUUCUAGUUCCUCACAGAUUGUAUAUUAGGAACUAUGAACUAGAGCUAGCCCACUGUGCUGUGGAAAACUAGAAUAUACUGUUCAUCUAACCAUGCUUUGGUAUCCAUUAUCCAUCCAACUUACCUCUAUCAGUCCCUCCUCCAUCAACCACUAAUAAUCACCAGUCUACAUUUAGAUUAUUUUAUUUAAGCUUUCACAUAUGACAAAGAAUAUAGGGUAUCUGUUUUUCUGUGUCUGGCUUAUUUAACUUAUCAUAUUGUCAAAUAGUUCCAUUCAUUUUGCUGCAGUGGUCAAGAUCUCAUUCUU